AAUGUUUUUAUUUUUUAUGUUUUUGAUUGAUUAAGGAGGGGGAAGGGGAAGGUAAGGGGGCGAAAGCCUAAUGGAUUCCGGUACAAGGAGGAGGAAAGCGCCGAGGAGGAGGAGGAGGAGGAAUGAUGAUGAGGAGGAGGUGGAGGCGGAGGAGGAGGAGGAGGAGGAGGAGGAGGAGGAAGAAGGUGUAGAAGACGAGGAGGAGGAGGAGGAGGAAGAAGGUGUAGAAGACGAGGAGGAGGAGGAGGAGGAGGAGGAGGAGGAGGAGGAGGGGGAAAAGGCAGAUGUAGAAGACAAAGAGGAGGAGGAGGAGGAGGAGGAGGAGAAAACUGAUAUUUCUUCACAACCACACUUAUGUUUGAGUGACUUCCUUCUGAAGGACAAAGAGGAUGAAGAAGAGGACGACGACGUAGAAGAGGCGGAGGAGGAAGGAGGAGAAGGAGGAGGAGGAGGAGGAGGAGGAGGAGGAGAAGAAGAUGUAGAAGGCGAGGAGGAGGAGAAGGAGGAGAAGGAGGAGGAGGAGGAGGAGGAGGAGAUGAUGAUGACGAGGAGGAAGAGGAGGAAGAGGAGGAAGACCAAAAAGAAAAAAAGGAGGAGGAGGAGAUAGAGGAGGACGACGCCGAAGAGGCGCAGGACGAGGAGAGGAGGAGGGAGGAGGCGCAGAAAUGGGGGGGAGGGGGAGGGGCCGUCAAGUCAGGGGAGUGGGAGGCCGAUUGUGUCGGGUCGACCCCCCUCACCCGCCGCCAACUUCAUCGCAGCAAGCCCCCCCCUUACCGUUUCUGUUUUUUUUUUUAAUCAUUCUUUAUACAAAAACAAAUGAAAUUGAUUGAUUCAUUACAAAUCGAAUCCGAUCGAUUCAAUCAAUCAAUCAAUCAAUCAAUCAAUCAAUCAAUCAAUCAAUCAAUCAAUCAAUCAAUCAAUAAACCAAUC